UUUCCAUUUCCUGGGUUACCAUCGCGUCCCCCCCUCCCCUCCUCUCUCUCUCUCUCUCUCUCCGUUCUCGCCCUCUCCCAUCCUCUCCAUCCCUUUUCCUCCCACUUGCCAGGGUUUCGUCAUCGUCUACUGGGCUGUCGGCAUCUCCCGUAUUCUUUCACCGUCGUCUACCCACUGCUGCCGUUGUCGUCGCCGCCUACUGUCCUGCUUGCUACCUUUGGUUCGCGCGCGUAGUCGUGGCCAAGACAAGCCUCGCCAUUGUCUCAAUUCGGCUCCGUGCUCGCCAUGGACGAGAAACCCUCGGCCGGUGCUGGCUCGACCAAGUCUAGCACCCUUCCGAGGCCCAUGUCGCGUCUCCCCCAGCCGCGAUCGACUGCCUCAGCGGCCCCUGCCACCGUCGCCCCGACUUCGCGAGCCCACCAGCAGCUCGCUGAGACCGCCCGCGGACGACCGACCCAACCCGUGGCUGCUAGCAGCACCCCCCGAAACCCUCGACUACGCGCGACUCCCUCGAGGGAGCAGCUUAGCGCACCUCCAACCUUGCAAAAGACCAGGAGAGUAAAUCCACCUCCGGUGAGCUCCCAGAACAACCGCCGGGAGCUAGGUACGAGGAACCGGAGCUCGUCGCACGGAUCUAAGCAGGAUAUUUCUACGGCCAACGAUGAUCCCCUUAAGAAACCCCUGGUGGCGCGAAGGCGACCUUCCAGCCAGUUCAGCCGCGCCUCUAUAUCGACCCCGGUCCAAGAGAGCUUGGUGCCAGAGGAAAACGAUGACGACUGCGCUGUUACCUCACUCCCCCCCUUAACCGGCUCUAACGAGGAAGGGCUCACCUUUGACACCCUCCGGGCACAGCCGAAGAGGCCGCGCCCGUCGUUAACCGACAGGACGGUUGAGACCCUCGCCCAGCUGCCCUCCUCGCCGGCCUUCAAACGACGCGGCAGCAAUUUCUUCGAGGCCGGCGCGCCGGGAAGGCCACGAUCCGGAGGCAGCGUGGGAGGAUCGAGGCCAGGCUCCAGCUACCAAUCCGAAGGUUCGCGUAUCCGCGCGGCCAGAUCGCUGAGUCGGCCGGGAUCCAGCUCGGGACAGCCCGACGACCCAUCUAGCAGCUUCCGCGCGUCUACAAACACAUCCAAGCCCCCUCCUCUGGCGACGGUUCGGGGAACAGCAGCGAAACGGAGCUCCGUUGUGAGCGCGAAGCCGCCUGUUAGCAAGACCGCAGGCAAGACGGCUUCGGGAUUCAAUCCGCGAUCCUCCUUGAAUAAGGUCCCCUCGCGCUCCUCGCUGACGGCUUCGCUCGGCCCCCGAAUCUCGAGCCCGGAGAAGCGUUCGGAAGCCCCUGCCGCCAAGCCAGGCUCGAAGACGCCUGCUGCUAUCCGACCCCUGAAGCCCAGAGCUUCGACGAGCAACUUGUACAAGAAGCCGUCCCUACCAUCUCCGGGGAAGCCCGCCGCUCCCGAAGUGCCCCCCAGUCCUGCUCGCCAACCGUCUCGCGCGUCCGCGAAAUCAUCUGGCACCUCUAGCGACGGCCGCAACUUAUCGAGCGCCUCGACCGCGUCCACGACGCCGACAGUCGCCUCCGUCGAAGAAACGCCAAUCUCGACCCCUCGAAAGUCCUCUGCUGCGCUGCGAGAGCAGAUAGCAAAGGCAAAAGCGGCGCGGCGCGCCGCCGCCCGAGAAGCCGCCGGUUCCAGGAUGUCCCCAACCAACGAAGCUCCGGUCGUCCCUACGGACAACACCUUUGAUUUCGGCUUGUCCGGGGACCCCUUUGGCCAGCGCAAGUUUGAGAGCUCCAAUCGCGAGGCCAUGCAGUCGCGAAUCGACGUCGCCAGAACUACCGGAAGGCUCAACAUCGCGGCGAUGGGCCUGAAGGAGAUUCCUGCCGACGUUCUCAAGAUGUACGACUUAGAAUCCCUCGAUCGGUCUGGUGGUGCGUGGGCUGAGAGUGUGGAUCUGACGCGGUUUGUGGCUGCCGACAACGAGUUGGAGAGCAUCGACGAGGCUCUGUUCCCGGAUGUCGACCCUAACGAGUUCGCCGACGAGGACGAAAGUCGAGGCAACCUUUUCGGCGGGUUGGAGUGGCUGGACUUGCAUGGCAACAUGUUGAUAUCUUUGCCCAUGGGACUGAGGCGCCUCCAACUGCUGACCUCCCUGAACCUGGCGUCGAACAAACUGACGAACAACUGUCUGGAGAUCAUAUCGCAGCUGGUUGCGAUCCGGGAUCUAAAGCUGGGCAACAACCUCCUAUACGGUCGGAUGGAAGAAGACCACUUCGCGAACCUGCAGCACCUGGAGAUGCUCGACCUUCACGGAAAUAACAUCUCGUGGCUUCCAAGCAGCAUCGACGGGCUAUCGCGUCUUCGCAUACUGAACUUGAACGAGAACGCCUUCGAGACGCUGCCUUUCGAAAGCCUCUGUAAGCUUCCGCUCACGGAGCUGCUGGCUCGCAAGAACAAGCUGUCCGGGACGCUCAUCGGCCCCGGCGUGGAGAGCCUACCUCAGCUGCAGAUCCUCGACGUGGCAGCCAACCAAUUACAACUAAUAGUAGACGGGGCCCAGGCGCUGAAAUUGCCUUCCCUCCACCAGCUCACGAUAUCUAUGAAUCGAAUCUCGUCUCUGCCCGACGUGAGCUCCUGGACCAACCUUCUCACGAUGAACGCGGACGAGAACAGCAUUGCCGCGUUCCCAGAGGGGUUCACGAGUCUCGAAAACUUGCGCCACGUAGAUUUCACGAGCAACGACAUUCGCACGGUCCCUCCGGAGGUGGCCCGGAUGGACACUCUAGCCAUGCUGCGGAUUGCCGGAAAUCCUCUGAAAGAUAAGAAAUUCACGUCGCUUACGACGGAGCAGUUGAAGGAUGCAUUGGCCGCCAGGUUAGAGCCGCUGCCCGCGGCCGAGGUCGGCGGGAUCGAGAAUUUCGGGAACGGAUUCCACGUUACCGGACCUAUCUACAUCGUCACGCCUACCACUAGCGACCAUAACUUUGGGGCCCCGGACGCUCGCGACGAGGAGGAAGAGGAGGAAGAGGGCCGUUCGGAGGUGGAUGACUUUGCCACGCCCCCAACGUCGUCGCCCCCCUCACCGCCGGGCCGGUCGCGGUCGCAUACGUUGAGCAGCCAAACGUGGCCUCUCAAACCCGGCGGCCUUCUGGAUCGGUCCGAUACGCAGUCGUCUUCGUUGCACCCCGUGGUAUGCUCCAAGAUCGCGGCGGUUCACACGGUGCGUGAAGUACGACUCCAACGCAACACGUUUACCCAGUUCCCCAAUUCGCUAUCGUUCUUCGCCGACACGAUCACGUCGCUCUCGAUGGCGCAGAACCAGCUCACGGGCGAGAGCUGGCUCACCGAGCCCAUCGACCUCACGGCUCUCCGGGAGCUCUCGCUCGCGUCGAAUUUCAUCACCAGCCUCACGCCGCUCACGGCCAACCUGUGCGCGCCGAACCUGCAGAAGGCGGACUUCUCGCGCAACCGGAUCGUCAAGCUGCCGGCGCUACGCGAGUUCUUCCCCAGCCUGACGGUGGUGCUGAUAUCGAACAACCGGCUGGAGGAGCUCGAGCCGGAGGCGAUCAAGGGGAUGAAGGUGGUGGACGCGAGCAACAACGAGAUCGCGCACCUCAACCCGCGCAUCGGGCUGCUGGGGGGCGCGGGGAGCCUGGAGAAGCUGGACGUGAUGGGGAAUCGGUUCCGGGUGCCGCGGUGGAACGUGCUGGAGCGCGGGACGGAGGCGACGCUCCGCUGGCUCCGGGGCCGCGUCCCGGUAGCGGAGAUGGCGGAGUGGAGGGUGAAGGCCGGGGAGAGCGAGGAGGACGGGCUUAACGACGUUGACUAAUAGCGGGUCCGGUUCUGUUUCGGACGAGUUCUAUUUCGAGAGCGGAGGCGGGGCGCAUAAAAAUCAGUAAGGUAUCUCUAAUUCGAAGGGGGGCCGGGGCGAUGCUCUCCGCGGCUCGGCGGGAGACGGGACGACGGUGGUGCCGACGCGUCGCUGGCGUACGGAAGUAAUGAUGGGCAGGGUCUUGUCAGUGAUGGCGUCGCGGGCGAGAGGAUUCCCGGCGGGGCGCGAGCCGGUCCGGAUGAUGACGAUCCGAGAACGCGCGGUUAAUGCGCGGCCGUUACGGGGUCGUAUCACAAAGUGCCUAGACGUCGCGUGCGAGGAAGAGAGAGGGAUAAGACGGUUACGUUCGAACAGCCAUUGGUGUAUCGAUGAAUACUUGGCGGGGCGCCGACAUAUCUAUAUAUUUAUCUAUAUGAUAUAUGUAUACAUCUAUAUGUAUUAUAUAUAUCUAUAUGUUAUAUAGAUACGAGGGGAGAGAGAGAGAGAGAGAGAGAGAAA